UCGGCGUUGGCGGGGUCAUUUUUUCCAAUUCUCACACCAUCCCACCUAGCGGAUUGUGUUUCUCUUUUUUCCACCCGUCGCACCGCAUAGACUACUACAUGACGUCCGUGGCCUGACCGUUUUACGUCUUUUCUCCUUCUCUCACUCCCUCCCUCCCUCUCCCUCUCCCUCUCUGCCUCUCUCCCCCUCUUUCCUGCAACCCUUUCCCCUCUACUCCUCUCAACGAACACUCCUCAAUCCCAACCCAGUCAUUCAUACGCAACCAUGGGCGACAUCAAGUCCAUUAACGCCACCCGGAUGGCCGUUACCACUCAGUCGGCCACCGACCUUAUUGGCAACACGCCCCUCGUGCGCCUCAACAAGAUCCCCCAGAGCCUGGGCAUCGAGGCCGAGGUCUACGCCAAGGUCGAGCUCUUUAACGCCGGCGGCAGCGUCAAGGACAGAAUCGCCCUGCGCAUGAUCGAGGAGGCUGAGAGGACCGGCCGCAUCAAGCCCGGCGACACCCUCAUCGAGCCCACCAGUGGCAACACCGGCAUCGGCCUGGCCCUCGUCGGCGCCAUCAAGGGCUACAAGACCAUCAUCACCCUCCCCGAAAAGAUGUCCGCCGAAAAGGUCUCCGUCCUCCGCGCCCUCGGCGCCACCAUCAUCCGUACCCCCACCCAGGCCGCAUGGGACAGCCCCGAGUCGCACAUCGGCGUCGCCCGCCGCCUCGAGAAGGAGAUCCCCAACGCCCACAUCCUCGACCAGUACGGCAACCUCGACAACCCCCUCGCCCACGAGUACGGCACCGCAGAGGAGAUCUGGGCCCAGACCGGCGGCCGCGUCGAUGCUGUCGUCGCCGGCGCCGGCACCGGUGGCACCAUCACCGGCAUCGCCCGCGGCCUGCGCAAGCACAACAAGGACGUCAAGGUCAUCGCCGCCGACCCCCACGGUAGUAUCCUCGCCCUGCCCGAGUCCCUCAACAAGGAGCACGAGAACGAGUCCUACAAGGUCGAGGGCAUCGGCUACGACUUCAUCCCCGACGUCCUCGACCGACCCCUCGUCGACAAGUGGUACAAGACCGAGGACCGCGAGUCCUUCCAGCUCGCCCGCCGCCUCAUCGCCGAGGAAGGUCUGCUCGUCGGCGGCAGCUCCGGCUCCGCCAUGGCCGCCAUGAUCCGCGCCGUGAAGGACCUCGGCCUCGGCAAGGGCCACACCGUCGUCGUCGUCCUGCCCGACAGCAUCCGCAGCUACCUCUCCAAGUUCGCCGACGACGACUGGCUCGCCGCCAACGACCUCCUCCCCGAGGUCAACGGCCACGACUCCCACGCCACCACCAACACUGCCGCCGAGAAGCCCGCCGGCGCCGCCGCCGGCAACGACCCCUACGAGGGCGCCACCAUCCGGGCCCUGCGCCUGAAGCCCGUCAUGUCCGUCUCCGCCACGAGCCCCUGCGCCGAGGCAUCCGAGAUCAUGCGCGACAAGGGCUUUGAUCAGCUCCCCGUCCUGUCCGCCGCCGGCAACAAGCUCGUCGGUUUGGUGACGCUCGGCAACCUGCUCAGCUACAUCUCCUCGGGCCGCGCCACCGCCUCCAGCCCCGUCAGCGAUGUCAUGUUCGACUUUGGCCGCCUCGACGAGGUCGUCACGGACCCCAGGCAGGCCGGCGAGAGCGGCGACAAGACCAAGAAGAAGAAGCGCAAUUUUGUCGAGAUCACCCUCGACACCCCGCUCUCCGUCCUCAGCAAGUUCCUCGAGUGGAACAGCGCCGCCAUCGUCACCGAGAAGGCCGAGGGCUCCAGCGGCCUGUCCAAGCCGGUGGCCGUCGUCACCAAGGUCGAUUUGCUCACUUGGGUUGUCAAGAAGAAGGCCUAAACACUAUUUCCCUCCCUCCUAAAUUCCAAUAGAAAUGACGGAUUGGCUUUUUUUUUUUUUUUUUUU